GCUGACAGGUUUCUCCACAAAGAGCAUUUUCAGCAAAAGAUGAUUCAGUGAAAUAUUUUUGGGGGACUGGAUUGCUCUAAAACAUCUUAGAAGAACCGAUAUUGAUUUGCAUUGCCAUGGAUUUGUUACAACUGCCAGACAAAAUCAUUGAUAAAUCAGCUGUGAGGGACACGCUGGAGGAGGACUCAGCAGCAGUCAGAGACUGCAGACAAGCGCCUGCUGACUUCAGCAGCAUCUACAGCAAAGACUUGCUUCCAGCCUCAGGCGGUGAGGAGAUGACCAGAGGGUUUCUGCAGGAGCUGGUUAACAUCUUGUUGAGUUAUAUCUGCAAGUCAAGUCAGAGGAGCUCCAAGGUCCUGGACUUCCACCAUCCUCACCAGCUGAUGGAGGGACUGGAAGGCUUCAGUGUGGAGCUGCCGGACCAACCCGAAACCCUGGAGCAGUUACUCGUGGACUGUAGAGAUACACUCAAAUAUGGUGUCAAUACAGGUCACCCCCGUUUCUUCAAUCAGCUGUCUUCAGGUCUGGAUGUGAUUGGUGUCGCUGGCGAGUGGCUGACCUCCACAGCCAACACCAACAUGUUUACAUAUGAAGUGUCCCCUGUUUUCAUCCUCAUGGAGGAGGUCCUGCUGAGGAAGAUGCAAAGCAUUGUGGGAUGGUCUGACGAUGAGGGAGACGGAAUCUUCUGUCCGGGAGGCACAAUAUCCAACCUGUACAGCAUCCUGGUGGCCAGACACCACUUCUACCCAGAGGUGAAGACCAGAGGGAUGGGAGCUCUGCCUCAGCUGGCCCUCUUCACUUCAGCACACAGUCACUAUUCAGUGAAGAGAUCUGCAGCCGUGCUGGGGAUGGGCACUGAGAAUGUGGUCAUAGUGAAAUGCGAUGAAAGAGGGAAAAUGAUUCCUGCUGAACUCGAGUCUUCCAUUAUCACAGCUGAAGAAAAGGGUUUGGUUCCAUUCUACGUGAGUGCGACAGCAGGCACCACAGUGUACGGAGCCUUCGAUCCUCUCAGCGCCAUCGCAGACAUCUGCCAUCGCCACACACUGUGGAUGCAUGUUGAUGCAGCGUGGGGUGGAGGCCUGCUGAUGUCGGACAGACACAGGAUGAAACUACAGGGCAUUGAACGAGCCUGGUCUGUAACAUGGAAUCCUCAUAAGAUGAUGGGCGUCCCUCUGCAGUGCUCUGUCAUACUGGUCAAGAAGAGAGGUCUCUUAAAGGAAUGUAACGAGUUGGGGGCUGAGUACCUUUUCCAGAAAGACAAAUCCUAUGACGUGAGCUAUGACACUGGGGAUAAGAGCAUCCAAUGUGGCCGACACGUGGAUGCCUUUAAACUUUGGCUCAUGUGGAAGGCAAAGGGCUCAGAGGGUUUUGGAGCUCAGGUCAACAAAUGCCUGGAGAAUGCUGAGUACCUGUACGAUGAGCUGCAGAGGAGGGCAGGGUUUGAGCUGGUCUUCAAAAACAAACCAGAGCACUGCAAUGUGUGUUUCUGGUACACCCCCCCAAGUCUGAGAGGCCUGCCACUUGGACCUGACAGAGACACACGACUCCAUCAGGUGGCUCCUCGGAUCAAAGGCAGGAUGAUGGAGAAGGGGUCUGUUCUGAUUGGCUAUCAGCCUUUGGGAGCCAAAGUCAAUUUCUUCAGGUGUGUGUUGUCGAAUCCUGCCACGCAGCAAGAAGACAUCGACUUCCUGCUGGAUGAGAUCGUCUGGCUGGGCCAUGACCUGUGACCUCUGAUGGAUUGCUUGGUUUCACCCCAGUUCAUGUCAUUUUGAAGGAAAUGAGUGCAUCUGACUUUGACCACUGUUUUACUGCCAGUGCCAGUAGCCGACAUUGUACCCAGCCUGGGUGCACUGGCUUUUGACAGUUACUUCCAGCUAUGCUCCUCAGCCUCUGUUUAACAUCACACCUUUCGGUCAUUUUCAUGGCAUAAAGGGAACCUUUUUCCCCAAAGUUAAACAGGUUUUUCAGAAGAGGCAGAGUGGACGUCUUACUCGGUAAUUGGCCUUUCCCCUCUAAUCUACGGUGUUUGUUCUAUCUAUUGUUAUUUUCAGGUUCUCUGGGCAUCUCAAUUGAAUAUAUCUGUAAAUACCUUGAAUUGUAUGCGGUGUGUAUGCAGUGUCUUUUCAGAUAAUGUAGACUAUAUUUGAUCACCUUGGGAACUGGUUUCUGAAACCAUCAUCAGCCGUCACUGUGCAAUACUGCUAUAUUAAAAUUUGCUUAAUAUACAUUUUGCUUCCCUUUACUCAGUUGGCACUUACAUUUCAAAAAGUACAAACAAUAAUUGUGACAUUAGCUGUUUGCUCUAAACCUGUGGGGAAAAUUCUAAGAUUAAAACCCACAAUUUGGUGUCAGUAUCUUAAACCAUGUUUAAUAACAUCAAGAAAAAUUAUUUAUGAUGUAUAUAGAAAUUUAUUGAAAUAUAGGAAUACAUUUUUAAAUUUAAAUACAUUUUAAUAUUAAAUUUAUUCUUUAAAACCAAGUGCUGUCUUGUAGAUUGUAGUCAGUGUUCAGUAUCUUGGGUUCCUUCCAUUUCCACCUGGAAGCAGCAACAACAUGUAUUAAGGCAAAGAAAUGCUGUUUUCAUCUGUUAAAUCAUGAAGACAUUAUGCAAGGUUAGAAAACUGUGUCCAAUAGAAUAAAACCUGGUAGCACUGUCCUUAAGAAAAGCCACCGUGUAUGAGAGUGCACAAUGCCAGCUGAUCGUAAUAUUAACAACAAAGAGAAAAACCACUGCAGGCAGCAAUGCACACCUUUAAAAUAAUGCAAUCACUAGCUGCACUAAACUGGUCAUGGUCGUGCUUUCUGGUGCAAAGAAUCAGGACUAUCAGUCCAAACUGAAAAGCAGGUACAAAUGGCAAGCGUCUUGCAGAAUUAAAACAUACGUGUCCUGUAGUGACAUUUCAUUGCCUACCUAGGUAGAACAAAAUAAUAGAGUAUUCAUUAUUUAGCGGCAAUUUGUUAUCAGCUUAUUUGAUCUGCACCAAAAUCGAAAAACCGUGAUCCAACCUGACCUAAUCUAGUUAACACUGAUUCUCACCUUUUGAUUUUCCUCGUUUGCCAUAGUAACCAUUGAAGGCUCCCUGCUGGGUGCUCUCCCUUUCUGUUGACAAAGAGAU